CGAGGGCGUAAAGUCAACUUCGGGAAACUUUUGAAUUGAACCCAGCCUUAACCUUAAAUUCAUUUCUAUCUGUCAAAAAAUGAGUGUUCUUAUUUAUGUAAUAAGUACUCUAAUAAUUAAAGAAUAAAGAAAAAUUUUGUUGUUAAUUAUUGUUUAUCUAUAAUAUUUAUAAGAGCCUUUUUUUCAAUUGAUUAAUUUUGUUCGAAUCUUGUUAUAAUAUCAUCAUUAAAAAAUGGGACCUCCUCCAGUAGUAACAGGUAUUUCACCAAAAGAAGGACCUCCAGGUACUAGAGUAACUUUAAGAGGUGAAUUUUUAGGUAUUCGAGCUCAAGAUCUAAUCGGAUUAACUAUUUGUGAGUGUGAUUGUUUAUUAUCUGCUGAAUGGAAAUCUCCCAACAAAAUAAUUGCAAGAUCAGGUCCCUGUAAAGGAAGAGGAGAUAUUAUAGUCACUACAAGAAGUGGUGGUCAAGGAACUUCAACCGUUCAAUUUCGUGGAUAUUAUGAAACAAUAGGACCAAUGAAAGAAUCAGCAGUGUGGGUUGAAGAAGCACCAGUACAAAACUUUGUUUGGGGACGUCGAGCUCUCUCCCCAACAAACUAUCAACAAGAAGAUCCUUUAGGCCUGAGUGUAGAAGGAAAUGAUAGUAAAAAAUUUCCAGAAGAUGAACUCUGUGAAUUAUUUGGCGAAAGUAAUGGAGAACUCACGAGUGAAAAAUUUCAUCCCGGCUGGUUUUUACUGCAACAUCAUCAUGCAACAACCUUUAAUGACUUAAGAGCUGGUUUAAAACAUAUAGAACGUAAAGUUGAUUCCCAGAAAGAAGGACAACUAUCUUUUUUAAAAGCUAAUGUAGGUGCAGUAAUGGAACAGUUAGACACAAUUGUCUUUUUAAAAGAACAGUAUGAACAAGAUGUUAAAAAAUUUGGUGAAAACCCGACUGCCAAAUUAGAAGAAGCAAUUAAAACAUCAAUGGCUGAAGCUAAUAAACUUUUUGAUGAUGUAUUGGCUAGAAGAGAUAGAGCAGAUGCAACAAGAAGUGCUCUUUCUUUGAUGCAACGAUACAAAUUUUUAUUUUGUAUGCCUGUCAAUAUAGAGAAAAAUAUAAAACGUGGAAAUUAUGAUCUGAUAAUAAAUGAUUAUGCUCGAGUGAAGAAUCUUUUUGGUAAUACAGAAAUAGCAAUAUUUAAAAAAGUAUUAGAAGAAAUUGAACGAAAAAUAGAAUUGUUAAGAGAUAUUUUAAGAAAAAAAUUAGAAGAGACGCCAUUUGCCAUAGAAGCACAGAAAAAAAUAAUAAGAAAUUUAGUAAAUCUUGACGCUGAAGGUGAUCCAGCUUGGGAUGCAAUUGUGGCUCAUGGAUCUUAUUUAGAUAAAAAUAUAUCAAGCUGUCUUCAGGACUAUUUUGGAUCUGAUGGUGCUACAGAUGAUUUAAAUAAAGGAUAUAAGUCCAAUAAUAAUACUCCAAUAUCCGCAGAACGGCAUAAAUUUUAUAAAUCUGAUGCUAAUUGCAAUGUACCAUCACGAGUUCUUUGUAUAGAAGCUAUUUGUGAUGUUGUUGCUGAACAACUUCCUGACUUAUGGAGACUCGGUCAAAGUUACUUUACUGGUCAAUUACAUGUAGCAGUAGAUGCUGAAAAACAAGUAUCAUUUAAAAAUUUAGUAUUAUCAUGUAUCCAAAAUGCUAGUGAUGCUAUGAGAGAAUCCUGUGGCUCUCAUUUAACACCAGCUUGGUUACUUCAUAGUCUUCGAUGUAUUCGACAAAUGUAUGCAGCUCUUAUUCAUUUAGAUUUACCAAGUGAUGCUCUAGAUAUUUUUGGAAAAUUUUUAUUUGACUUACGGCUACAAUGUUUGUUAACUCUAUUUAAACAAACUGCUGAAAAUAUUAGUGGAUUACAAAAAAAUGAAACCUGGCAAUUAGAAUACCUUCCUAAUGAAGAUGGAGGCAUUACCAAGCUUCCUGGUAUGUUUGAGAAAAUAGUAAUGGAAGUUUCAGAAUUAGCCAAAGAAACUGCAAUAGCCUGUGGUCCAAGAGAAGCUCCUCUUUUAGAAAGUCCUACUCAACAAGUUUUGUAUCAUAAUGCCGUAAAGGCAUUAUUUCUAGCUUUUACAAGAUGUUUAAAACAAUUGGCUUUCAGUGGUAGUGAAGAAGCUGCAGAUGAAGAUGAUCCUUCAGUUUCACAACUAGUGGGGUCUCCAGCAUGUUAUAAAAGUCGAGACAAUAAACAUAGAGGUUUAACUGCUCCAACAUGGGAAAAAUGUUUAUUGAUAUCACUCAGUAAUAUUCGUUAUACUUUAAACAUUGUUUUACCAAGAGUAAAAACUAAUUUGAAAGCUCAAGGAUACCCAGAUUUGUCACAAGCUGAAGGAUGGACAAAUGAUUGGACUCAGUUAGAAUCUUUAGAUACAGCAGUUCUUGAUGCUUAUCUUGAGAGGCGAUGUGAUCCUCUUGUAGGAACAAUCGAACCAAGUAUGUAUUUAGGAAGCCUAGAAUGGGAUUCAGAAAUUGAACCAUCACACAUUCGACCAUACGCUCAAGAAGCUUUAGCGAAUCUCAUCGCAGUUCAUGCAGAAGUCACCAGAGUUUCUCCUGGAUUACUAAAACGAGUGUUAUCACAUAUUGUAGAAACUAUUGCUGAAGAAUUGGCACGGUUAAUGUCGUGCGUUAGAAAAUUCGGACCAUCUGGAAUUAUUCAAGCACGUGCAGACAUAAUCUUAUUGAGAGACGCCUUAGCUGUUUACAGCACGCCUCGAGCAAAAAACUUCUUCGAGGAAGCUUUAGAUGCGAUUCCUUUACCACGUCAUGGUGAGUCUGACGCUUUAAAAAUUCAAGCUCUUCUAACAAAAGUUACAUCAACAAUGCAAUUACAAAUUCGUUGUCUUUCUGAAAGGCCAGUUUCCACAACAAUCGUGCCACAAGGUGAGCUUGAUCAAACUACAGUUGUUUAACAGAGAAAUAACAUAAAUUGUAUAUCAUUAAAAAAAUCUUUCAGUGUAAAUAUUAAAAUUGAUAAAUAUGAAUUAUUAUCCUAUUUUAAAAA